AUGUCGAUAAUGCCAGUUAAGAACGCCUUAGCACAAGGAAGAACGCUCCUCAUGGGGAGGAUUCCGGCCGUUAAAUUCUCUACAAGGAUGCAAUUAAGAAAUAAAACCGCUGUGUUAUGGAAUAGAAAGCUCUCCACACGUCUUUUUGUUCAACAACGACGUAAUUCCGGUGAGAUUGUGGACCGUGCCAAAGCUGCUGCCGCAAACAGCGGGAGAAAACAAGUCUCUAUGAAGUGGGUCGUUUUAACUAGUUUUACCAUAGUUCUAGGAACCAUUUUGCUGGUCUCGAGGGACGAUGAUACAGACAAAGAGGGUACUACAGAGAGUAAGAAAGGAAGAAGGACAAGAAAGAUCAAAAUAUUUAACAAUAAUUGGCUAUUCUUCUGCUAUUCCACUUUACCAUUAAAUGCAAUGUCUCGACUCUGGGGCCAAGUAAAUUCUCUCACGUUACCCAUUUGGAUUAGGCCAUGGGGCUAUAGGCUAUAUUCUUUUCUAUUUGGAGUUAAUUUGGACGAAAUGGAAGAUCCUGAUUUGACACAUUACGCAAAUUUAUCCGAAUUUUUUUAUCGUAACAUAAAACCAGACACACGUCCAGUAGCACAAGGUGAAGAUGUUAUUGCUUCACCAAGUGAUGGGAAAAUUUUACAAGUCGGUAUAAUCAAUUCUGAAACUGGCGAAAUCGAACAAGUUAAGGGUAUGACAUAUUCAAUAAAAGAGUUUCUUGGCACUCAUUCUCACCCUCUGAUGUCAAAGAGUGAAUCUAGUUUGGAUCUGACUUCUGACGAGGAAAAACACAGAGAAUUUGCCAGGGUGAAUAAAUUACGCAUGGCAGGUUCUGAGGAUACAGAACAACCUCUUCUCAACAUUAAAAAUGAAGGUGAUCAAUCCGUCCAAGAGUCGAAACCCAGUGUGUCCAAAAACAUGCAUCUUUUGAGUCAACUUUCUUUAAAUUACUUUUCUAAUGGAUUUUCGUGCACAGAGCCUCAUGAUACAGAACUUUUUUUUGCCGUCAUUUAUUUAGCGCCUGGUGAUUACCACCAUUUUCAUUCCCCAAUUGACUGGGUUUGCAGGGUUCGCCGCCAUUUUCCAGGUGAUUUGUUUUCUGUCGCACCUUACUUCCAACGCAACUUCCCAAACCUUUUUGUUUUAAAUGAAAGAGUUGCCCUAUUGGGCAGUUGGAAAUAUGGAUUUUUUAGUAUGACCCCUGUCGGUGCAACAAAUGUUGGUUCAAUUAAGCUAAAUUUUGAUCAAGAGUUUGUUACAAACUCUAAAAGUGAUAAACACUUAGAACCACAUACCUGCUACCAGGCAGUAUAUGAAAAUGCAAGCAAAAUAUUGGGUGGAAUGCCUUUGGUUAAAGGCGAAGAAAUGGGAGGAUUUGAAUUGGGUAGUACUGUUGUACUUUGUUUUGAGGCUCCGACUGAAUUUCGAUUCAAGGUCAACGUUGGUGAUAAGGUGAAAAUGGGACAGGAAUUAGGCAUUAUUAGUAAUGGAGAUUUGGAAUGA